AUGGCUCGUUCAAGCCAGACCAGCUACCGCACUAACUCGAGCGUCAAGCCGACCGAGCGCGAAGUCCGUGCGUACCGCGUCGAACAAGCAGACCGGAUCCUUCUGGAACGAGUCGCCAAUGUUCGUUCCACUCUCAUGCAGCCCAGAGUUGGCAAGCGAUCGAGUGCCGGACCAUAUGCUCCUCGCGGCUCCAGUUCGGCCAUCCAGACCUCCAAUACCGCACAGAAUCAUGCCUCAGCUACCUCAAACUACAGCGCCUCCACGUUCCAAAGCUCAACCCGAUAUCAGUCCACCCGGAGGCAGGCCAGACGACAGCAAUUCCGCCCCUUGGGUGGUGUGCACAACAGCACCUACUCGUUGUCGGCUCACCUACAUGAGUCCACUUCGUAUCUAGACAAGCUCGAGCGGACAGCGCAACACCAAGCGCGCAAGAAUGCCGAGUCUGAGGCGAUGUUCCAAGAAAACAAGCAGAGACGCGAGCAGGAGAAGAAAUGGCAGUGGGAUUUCGUAUUCUCUCCAGAAGCGAGGAGAGCCAGCGAGGAUUCGAAGGCUGCCGCUGCCAAAGUCGCCCAUGCAUCCGCAAAUGUCGAGCACGGCCAACAGCUUCCAGCAGAGAGCAAGAGAGUGAGCUCGAUCGGUGCCGCGCCUCAGGAGACUCACGACACCCAAGAUCCACCAAACGAGCAAGUCUUCGCUCAGGAGACUGAUCGCAUCCACGCAAACGAGGCACAGCAAGCAGAGGUCGUCGAAGCCGUUCAGGUAGGAAGCAUGAAUGAAGAAGUUGCCCAGUAUUCGCUGUUGUCAUUUUCAUCGAAGGUCAAAAAAGUGAAGAAGCAAAUCAUCGUCGGCUCAGCGUUGGCCGCGACCUUUCCAGCAGUAUCUCGCCAGGUCUUCCAGCGAGUCUUGUAUACCGACGGCACCCGUGCAUGGAUUAAGGUCCAAGUCCAAGGCAAUGGAGUGGUGGAAGCUGAGGCUUUUGAGGCCUUGCCAGAAGUCCGCAAGCGGCCUUUACUCGUCGAGCACGAGCUUGAAGAACCACGCAAGCGCCAGCUCACCGCGAAACAUGCAUUCCAGUGCACCGAGGAGCACAAAUUUGCUGAUGAGAUGCCCGUGGAGUUUCAGAGGGAGGACCUUGAUCAGAUCGAUGGCUCUGUCGUCCCCGUUGAAGAAGGCAAAGAAACCUCGCCAGAAGAGCUUGACGAAGAUGAACCCGCUAUCGUUCUCUUCGAAGAAGGCAAAACAACUUCUGAAGAAGUUCGUGAUGAGGCUGAAGUCGAUGUCGUUUCUCUCCGAGAAGUUAAGACCAGCUCGGAAGAAGAGCGUGGUGAGACUGGUCUAGGUAUCGUCCACGUCGAAGAAGUCAAAACCAUUUCAACAGAACAUCGCCAUGGAGAUGCUUCCGCUAUCGUUCCCCACGAAGAAGCCAAAGGCGCCUCGGAAGGAGAGCAUAUCGAGGCUGAUGCUGCCGGUUUCCACAUCGAAGAACGGGAAGCCACCUCAGAAGAGGAGCGACGAGAGAAAGAAAUAUUAGACGUCGUCAGUUCCAACGAAGGAGCCCCACAGGAGGAGGAGGAGGAGAUGGCCACUGUCGAAGAUGAUCACGAUCCCUAUCGGCGUCAGAGGAUGGGGCAAAAUAAGAUCACAUCCUCGACUAAGAGAGCCACGAACCAAAAGGGCGACUGCGUCGAUUGUGGCAAACGGACAUACGAUCAGCCUCAUGUCUGCUACAAUCGACAUCCAAAGAGAGCAUCGUCCGGUCUAUUGCACAGCCGCCAGGCUAGAAUCCAUGUCGAUGCUAAGGGAGCUGAGAAGAUACACCCCGGGAUCGAGCCUGUGAUCCCUCUUGUUGGCAGAGGCACCUUCGUGUCAGAGUCGGCCAUGGCGUUCGCACGAAAUGUCCAACUUUUCGACGCUGCGAGCAGCAAGAGAACAGCUAACGGCGAAGCUCAGCAGAACGCCACCGAAGAUGACGAGGAUUUGAUGGACGUGGGCGAAAUCAAUUCUACGCCAGCCAAUGCACCAACUGAACCGAGAUCUCAGAGCAGCGGCGGCCAUGAUGUCCCGCAGCGUGAAGGGUCCAUGGAUGUAGUCUCGACCUUUGAGGCAUUCGAUGAGAUGUUGCCUCCAGCAGCAACUGGGCUAAGUGCGAGGCACCAAGUAUACCAAGGACCUGACAGUGGAGUGGGCAGCCUUAUCAGCGACCAGGAUGAAGACAUGGUAAUGUCUGGCACUGAUGCGCAAGUGGAGGAGGAGGAGGAGGAGGAGGUAAUGAGUGGUGUAGAGCAUACGGCACCGCAACAGGAUGUCCAGGUGCGUAAGAGUCUGUUCUUUGCAGCGCCUAUCGGUCCACGCGACAACAACGACAGCAGCCACCGGCAUCAGUUGAUCCAAGAGUCAUUGAAUGCACCAUCAUUAGGUCAGGAGCAGUACUUCCGGAGGCCAGCUCACUGGCCAGGAGACAGGGACGGCGAUAUCGACAUGAUCGAUGAUACACCAUCCACUAGACAAGCACCAGCCCGUCAUGGUCGAAGCCGACCUCAAGCUGAAGACCGCUAUGGCAAUAUUGACAUGCCCGAUGCCUCAGCCGCUCCGUCUCAACUUCCACGACGGCAGAACAAUCGCGCCCGUGACCAUCGCCAAUUCGUCGGGGAUCGCCAAUUCGUCGAUCGCCAGUACAAUGCUAUCAUGAGCCACACCAGAACCGCACCGAACCGCCAACCACUUCGGAUGAGAGACACCAACUUCUCGGACUCUGGCCGACGGGGCGCUCAUCAACAUUAUCGCCCGCAGCGCAGCCUAAGCACCACGCCGUCAACCCAGCACAACCUCUACCGCGAAGAUUAUGCGCGUCAACGGAUGGCAGCAGAUGCUCAACGCCGGGCUGGCGCGAGGGGUGCCGACCGUCCACCACGUCGGAAUGCCACACCAAGCCGGACCAAUGAGAAUGACAUCGGUCUCCGCAUCAGAGGCGCUGCCAAGAUGAGAGGCGAGAGCAUGCGUGAUGGACGGUAUGCUGAUUGA